AUGUCAUCCAGGUACUGUUUAAUUAUGGCCGUUUUAUUUUUUACAACACUAUGGCUUUGUGCCUGUGUCGCAACACCAUUUUGGCGUACAACACCAAUUGUUGACACGAAAACAUUAUUUGAUUUAGGUACACUUGGUCGUACAUUUCCUAUUAUUCAAAGUGCUGUCGAUUCCUUGACAAGAAAAAUUCAAUUCGAAAUUAAAGUUUACACUGGAAUUCUCUAUUCGUGUCUGUAUUUUGGACGUGUUGGAGAUCUGGAAAAAGAAGUGAAUGAUGCUUUAAAUGGUCAAAUUAAUGGAUUCUGUGGACUGAAUAAAAAUAUACGUAUGAAAUUAUUGGAUAAUGAUCAAUUAGCCGGUGCAAUUACUGGUAUACCAACUGGUAGGUGCGAAUUCUUUGCCGGUCUUAUCUCAAUGCUCUAUUCAUUUAUUAAUGUAGUGAUGUUUAUGACAAUUAAUUCCUAUUCAUCAUAUGGUUUUAUUAUUGGACAAAUAUGUACAUUGAUUUUAACACUUUGGUCACUAUCACAUUUUGUUAAUUAUCAACGUAGACAACGUGAACGACGACAGGAUGGGCUUGAUUUUAUUCAAGUUAAAACAUAG